UCCGCGACUCAGUGGCUAAAUGGACGGGGAACACAUCACACUGGGCUUCGAAAGGGGUCGUCCGGCCCGGCGAAUGCCCAGCCAUCGGCUGGUGCUGCUGAUCCUGCUGAUGGGCAGCCUGCUGGUCGUCCUCUUUGCCUACUGGGAUGUGAUGAUGCUCACCGCCGGCGCUGUGCCCAUGGCCAGAAAUACUAAUUCCAUUGGCUCGGCUGAGCUGGGCAAUGAAACCGUAGCCGAGAAGCUCCAUCGGGAGGUGAGGAUCCUGUGCUGGGUCCUCACCACUCCGAAAUAUCACAAAACCCGCGCCAUCCACGUCCUUCGCACUUGGGGAAAGCGCUGCAACAAGAUCUACUUCAUGACCUCCGAGCCGGACGACGAGCUGCCCACCGUGGUGCUGACCAAGCCGGACCGAUACGAGGUGCUCUGGGGCAAGACCAAGGAGGCCUUCACCCACAUCCACGAGCAGAUGAGCGACGAGGCCGACUGGUUCAUCAAGGCGGACGACGACACAUACGUCUUUCUGGAAAACCUGCGCUAUAUGCUCUAUCCCUACUCCCCGAACAUGUCGAUUUACUUCGGAUUCAACUACAAGAUGGUCGGCACGCACCAGAAGAACGAGUCGUACAUGUCCGGAGGCAGUGGCUACGUCCUCAGCCGCGAGGCCUUAAGGAUCUUCGCCGAGGGCCUCAAUGACACCGCCAAAUGCCGGCAGGAGGACGACCACGCCGAGGACGUGGAGAUGGGCAAGUGCCUGUUCAAUCUCGGCGUGAAGGCGGGCGAUUCCCGCGACGAGCAGCUGCGCAAUCGCUUCUACCCGGUGGUUCCCUAUGGAGCCCUGCUCUCCGGAAACGUGGGCAUGGACUUCUGGCUGUACAAAUACGCCUACUACAACGCGCGAGCGUGCAUGGACUGCCUGUCGGAGUACCCGGUGGCCUUUCACUAUGUGAACAACGAGCAGCUGUACGUGUACGAGUACUUCAACUACCAGUUCCAGCACUCCGGCCGACUUCAGGUGGAGGAGCAGCUGCCCAAGAAGAUCAGGGAGGAGGACCUGGUCAUCCCCGAGAGCGACAAUCCGGUGACCUAGGCUAUUUUUCCCCCUCCGCCAGCAACAAUCUCUACUUUUUUCAUCUCUCUCCCAAUAUAUAUUUUUUUUUUAUCAUGCUUAUCGUAUAUUUAAUAUAUUGGGUAUAAGGCGGACGUGCCAAGUCUGCCAGAUGCUGUCUUGUUGCGACUCCUCGUCCUUGCCCGAUCCACGUUCUAGUUUAUCUAUUCAUGUAUUUAUUAUUGAGCAGCUCGUGGCAGACGGGCCACACAAAGCCGGCCAAAAGGACAAUGGACACGCCAGUGGGGUGGACCUUCAUGCGUUAUUCCCAACGUAGACUUACAAGCCCUCGUUAUAGCAAUAUACUUUGGUAUUUCUCAAUAUAUUCUCUAAACUUUAUAAUUACUUGCUCAACAUGAUUUUAGUUUUUGAGUUAAAUAAAAUGCUGUUCAAUCGUUAUUGAGC